CACAUGGCGCCUAACGUUAGUCAUUUAUGCAGUCUUGCCUAUGCUACGUCCCAAAUAAUUUCUAUAUUUGGCAAGAUCGUAUAGUUUUCUUAAGACAUUUGAAAUGGCAAGUCUUGUUCUUGAAGAUGGAACGGUUUUUAAAGGAAAUGCGUUUGGCUCGUCGAGAAACUCGCCUGGAGAAGUUGUUUUUCAAACUGGUAUGGUUGGCUAUCCAGAAUCUUUGACAGAUCCAUCAUAUCGUUCGCAAAUCCUUGUCCUUACUUAUCCCCUUGUUGGAAACUAUGGUAUUCCAGAUGACAGUGUGGAUGAAUAUGGGAUCAUCGAAUCAUUUGAAUCAAAGAAACUCUGGUUGUCAGGAUUGAUCAUUGGCGAUGAUGUUGAGGAUUACAGCCAUUGGAGUGCUAAAAAAUCUCUCUCAGAAUGGCUCAAGGAGUAUGAUAUUCCUGGGAUUCAUGGUGUUGAUACACGUGCAUUAACUAAGAAGAUCCGUGAAAAAGGAACAAUGCUUGGGAAGAUUGUGGUUGAUGGCUACAAUUAUGAUUCAAUCUCUUUUGAAAAUCCUGACGAACGUAAUCUUGUCGCCGAAGUAUCCUUACAGAAACCAAUUGUGUUCAAUCCUGAUGGAGAACUCAAGAUUUUAAUCGUAGAUUGUGGACUGAAAUAUAACCAAGUCAGAUGCCUUGUUUCACGCGGUGCCUGUGUGCAGGUUGUACCCUGGAAUUACGACUUCACACAAGCUGAGUUCGACGGCGUGUUUUUGAGCAAUGGUCCGGGUGAUCCAACACAAUGUGGUAGCACCAUCGAGAACAUCAAGAAGCUCGUCAACGAUAAUAAACGGAAACCGAUUUUUGGCAUUUGUUUGGGUCAUCAACUUUUGUCCCUUGCUGUGGGUUGUAAAACGUUCAAAAUGAAGUACGGAAAUCGUGGCCACAACCAACCUUGCAUUCACGGAGACUCCGGACGUUGCUUCAUUACGUCACAAAAUCAUGGUUUUGCCGUGGACCCGGACACAAUUCCGUCCGACUGGUCAGCGUUAUUCACCAAUGCGAACGACAAGACCAAUGAAGGCAUCAUUCAUAAUUCUGCGCCAUUUUUCAGCGUUCAAUUUCAUCCAGAGCAUAACGCUGGCCCUGAAGAUCUUGAGUGUUUGUUUGACUUUUUCAUAAAAACUGUCCGCGAUACAAAAACUGGAGUGAUGAAAUACACCGUCAAAGAGAUGAUACACAAGAGGUUUGCGUACACGCCGGUUUCACGUGAUAUUAAUGUUCGACCUAAAAAGGUUUUGGUCCUCGGUUCGGGCGGACUUUCCAUCGGCCAAGCAGGAGAAUUUGAUUAUUCAGGCUCGCAGGCAAUCAAAGCAUUGAAGGAGGAAGGUAUUGAAACAGUGCUCAUUAAUCCCAACAUCGCCACAGUACAAACAUCGAAAGGUCUUGCUGACAGAGUCUACUUUUUACCCAUCACUACAGAAUAUGUGACUCAGGUUAUCGAAAGCGAGCGACCAACUGGAGUCUUACUUUCAUUUGGCGGACAAACUGCCUUAAAUUGUGGUGUGAAACUUCAGGAACAAGGGGUUCUUGAGAAAUAUCAGCUCAGGAUACUUGGCACUCCGAUACAGUCAAUUAUCAACACCGAAGACAGGCAGCUGUUUUCUCAGAAACUUGCUGAAAUCGACGAAAAGUGUGCGCCAAGCGAAGCGGCGUACUCUAUAGAGGAGGUUCUUGCCGCUGCUUCCAGGCUUGGUUAUCCUGUCAUGGUGCGCGCUGCAUUCGCCCUUGGUGGCCUGGGUUCUGGUUUUGCAGACGACGAAUACGAACUGGAGAGAUUGGCGAAGAUCGCGUUCGCUCAUACAAAACAGGUUUUGGUGGACAAAUCGCUAAGAGGAUGGAAGGAAGUUGAAUAUGAAGUCGUUCGCGAUGCUUAUGAUAACUGUAUUACGGUAUGUAAUAUGGAAAAUGUUGACCCACUUGGCAUACACACCGGUGAGUCUAUAGUGGUAGCACCCAGUCAGACGUUGAAUAACUCCGAAUACAACAUGCUUCGGUCGACUGCUAUUAAACUGAUACGUCACCUUGGUAUUGUUGGAGAAUGCAACAUCCAGUAUGCGUUGAAUCCUUCGUCCAGUGAGUAUUAUAUCAUCGAGGUAAAUGCCAGACUGUCCCGCAGUUCUGCUCUGGCAUCAAAAGCCACUGGUUAUCCCCUGGCGUACGUGGCUGCAAAGUUAUCCCUAGGGAUACCUCUGCCUGAUCUCAAAAACUCUGUGACGAAUAAGACUACGGCGUGUUUUGAACCGAGUCUCGAUUACAUUGUCGUUAAAGUACCUCGAUGGGAUUUGAACAAAUUUAGUCGAGUCAGCACAAAGAUUGGAUCUUCCAUGAAGAGUGUCGGUGAAGUAAUGGCAAUUGGUCGGAAGUUUGAAGAAGCCUUGCAGAAGGCUUUGAGAAUGGUUGAUGAAUGGAAUAUUGGUUUCGAUGCAAAUGGAUGCCAAGCGAAAGAACAAGACUUAAAACAGCCUUCGGAUAAGCGGAUCCAUAUUUUAGCUGCUGCUCUUGAAGCUGGUUAUAGCGUGGAAAAACUCUACGAAUUAACAAAGAUCGAUCGUUGGUUUUUGUACCGCAUGAAGAACAUCGCUGACGUUAAGAAACAGUUGAAGGAAAGCCACGUUCGGGUGCACGAUCUAUCUUGUUCUCAACUCUUGCAAGCUAAGAAACUCGGAUUCUCUGAUAAACAGAUAGCAAAAGUUAUUCAAAGCACUGAAGCGAGUGUACGACAUGCUAGAAAAUCGCUAAAAAUCAUUCCUUGUGCCAAGCAAAUCGAUACAGUCGCCGCGGAGUAUCCUGCUGUUACAAACUAUCUGUAUUUAACGUAUAACGGUCAGGAGAACGAUUUAGAUUUCCCCGGUGGGGCUCUAGUGGUGUUAGGGUCUGGGGUCUAUCGUAUUGGAAGCAGCGUGGAGUUUGAUUGGUGUGCUGUCGGUUGCAUUCGUGAGUUACGUAAGCUAGGCAAGCAAACCAUCAUGGUGAAUUAUAAUCCAGAGACAGUGAGCACGGACUAUGACGAGUGCGAUCGUUUGUAUUUUGACGAAAUCUCUUUUGAGACUGUAAUGGAUAUUUACGAGAUGGAAAAUCCUGAAGGUGUUAUUUUAUCAAUGGGAGGACAACUACCAAACAACAUUGCUAUGGCGUUACAUCGUAGCCAGGUCCGUGUUUUAGGAACAUCACCGGAAAUGAUCGACAGUGCCGAGAAUCGAUUCAAAUUUUCUCGGUUGCUGGACAGCGUGAAAAUUUCACAACCGAAGUGGAAAGAAUUGACGACACUCGAGGCUGCAAAAGAAUUCUGUAAUUCUGUUGGUUAUCCGUGUCUUGUAAGACCUUCCUAUGUCCUCAGUGGUGCUGCAAUGUACGUCGCGUUCUCUGAUGAUGACCUCACCGAAUACAUGGCGAUGACUGCCUCCCUAUCGCGUGAACAUCCCGUGGUCAUAUCGAAGUUCAUCAUGGAGGCUAAGGAGAUUGAUGUUGACGCUGUAGCUUGCAAUGGCAACGUACUGACGCUUGCCAUCUCGGAACACGUCGAAAACGCCGGUGUACACUCGGGUGAUGCAACGAUGGUGCUUCCAGCUCAGGAUAUCAACAACGAAACCAUGGAAAAAAUCAAGAACAUUUGUUACGCCAUCGGCAAAGCUUUGAUGGUCAGCGGUCCGUUCAAUAUGCAACUCAUUGCCAAAGACAACGAACUCAAAGUGAUCGAGUGUAACCUUAGAGUUUCCCGCUCUUUUCCAUUCGUCUCGAAAACGCUAAAUCACGACUUUGUUGCCUUGGCAACUCGCGUCAUUUGCCAGGCUGAUGUUGUUGAACCUGCAAUUGAACUAAACUGUUAUGGUCGAGUCGGGGUCAAGGUGCCACAAUUCUCGUUCGCGAGGUUGGCUGGAGCUGAUGUCAUGCUGGGAGUGGAAAUGGCGAGCACUGGCGAAGUUGCUUGCUUCGGAGAGAAUCGUUACGAGGCUUAUCUAAAAGGCUUGAUAAGCACUGGUAUGACUGUACCGAAGGAGAGUAUUUUGUUAUCUAUUGGCAGCUUCAAAGCGAAGAAUGAAAUGUUGUCAAGCGUAAAAACUUUAGUCGAUCUUGGCUAUCAGUUAUACGCCAGUCUUGGUACGGCCGACUUUUAUUCCGAACAUGGAGUGAAGAUUCAUCCUGUAGAUUGGCCGUUUGAGGAAAGCGGUAAUGGUUUCAAGACGAAGAGCAUUGCAGAUUAUCUGACGCAAAAUAAAUUCGAUAUGGUCAUCAAUCUUCCUUUGCGAAACUCUGGUGCUCGAAGAUCGUCGUCUUUUGUGACUCACGGUUAUCGUACGAGACGAAUGGCUAUCGAUUAUUCAAUCCCUUUGAUCACUGAUAUUAAAUGUGCAAAACUUUUUAUUGAGGCCUUACGUAGAGUACGCGGCUCACCCGGUAUCAAAACGCACAUCGAUUGUUUAUCUUCCUUUCAAGUAUACCGCCUACCCGGCCUCAUCGAUGUUCACGUACACAUGCGCGAACCCGGGGGGAAUUAUAAGGAGGACUUUGCUUCUGGCUCAGCGGCUGCGCUCGCGGGCGGCAUAACUAUGGUCCUGGCCAUGCCAAACACAAAGCCGGCAGUUAUCGACCAGGCUUCUUUUCAAACUGCUCAACUGGCAGCUUCUCAAGGUUCUCGUUGUGAUUACGGUUUGUAUUUUGGCGCGAGUACUAGCAACACGUCCAUUUCUGCGCAACUCGCUCGGCAAGGCGCUGCACUCAAAAUGUAUCUGAAUGACACAUUCUCGACUUUGAAAUUGGACGAUUGUGGUGUCUGGAUGAAGCAUUUGAAAAACUGGCCAAAACAUCUUCCGAUUUGCUGUCAUGCUGAAGGUCAGACAACGGCCGCCGUGUUGUUAUUGGCUGAGCUCGCUGAUCGACCUAUUCACAUCUGCCACGUCGCCAGACAGUCUGAGAUCAUGAUAAUUCGAGCAAUGAAGGAAAAAGGUUUUCCUGUCACGUGUGAAGUUGCCCCUCAUCAUCUCUUUCUGACACAAGAUGACGUAGAACGUAUUGGACCAACGAGAAGCCGAGUUAAACCAAAUCUCGUGACGCCCGAAGAUCAAAAAGCAUUAUGGGAUAAUAUGGACAUCGUUGAUUGUUUUGCGACGGAUCACGCGCCUCAUUCCGUAUCGGAAAAAAAUUCUGACAACGCACCCCCCGGUUUUCCUGGCCUUGAGACCAUGCUUCCACUUUUACUAACGGCUGUUCACGAUGGACGAUUGACUAUCGAGGAUAUUGUACUUCGACUUUACACCAACCCUCGCCGUAUCUUUGGACUUCCGGAGCAACCGGACACAUAUAUUGAGGUCGAAGUGGGCUCACCAUGGACUAUUCCUGACGCGAUGAAGUACACAAAGUCCAGAUGGACCCCAUUUGCAGGCAUGAAGGUCUACGGCUCGGUGAAGCGCGUUGUCUUACGAGGACAAAUUGCAAUGGUGGAUGGGAAGGUGCUUGCAAAACCCGGUUACGGCGAAGACGUGCGCAGUCAUGGUUUUGUGCCCUUUGAGUCGGAACCUCUAAAACAUCAUACUGCUGCCUCAGCCCCAAGCAGUCCGUUGAAGAUGGCGGAUCAGCGUUGGGUGUUUCCACCUCCAAUUCAGCGAAAUUUUGACAAAGCAUUUCAUUCUGGGGAUCACAGUUCUCCACGUACAGAUUCCCCUCCAGCAAAAAGACGAAAAUUUGAAACGUCUACUCCAGCUCAUACAUUGGAAAUACCAGUGCCAACACCAGCUUCGGCACCUGUUCGUAACUCUCCGCCGCGCACUCGGAAAUUCAUUUUGCCGCCCACUUCAUAUCACGGCUUGCAUCGUCGCCACAUUCUAAGCGUUAAAAGUUUCACAAAAACGCAGGUACGACACUUGUUCAACGUCGCUCACGAAAUGAGAUUGAUCGUUCAAAGGGAUGGCAAUGUGCCAUUGCUUGAGGGUCGUAUCAUGGGCUCGAUAUUUUUCGAAGCAAGCACAAGAACAUUUUGUUCAUUUUCGGCUGCCAUGCAGCGAUUGGGCGGUUCUGUUAUCCCGCUGAAGGCGUCCGAUUCUUCUGCUAUGAAAGGCGAAACUAUUUCCGACACUGUUCAAAUGAUGCAAUCAUAUUCCGAUGUCAUUGUAUUACGUCAUCCAACUCCAGGAGCUGUUGAGGAAGGAGCAAAGAGUUCUUUAAAACCUGUGAUCAACGCAGGAGAUGGUGUCGGUGAACAUCCAACUCAAGCUUUACUUGAUGUCUUUACGAUACGUGAAGAGAUUGGGACUGUGAAUGGACUGACGAUUACCAUGGUUGGCGAUCUCAAGCACGGUCGCACAGUUCAUUCCCUGGCAAGGCUGCUCAGUCUGUAUCGGGUUAACCUAAAGUAUGUGUCGCCCUCCAGCCUGCGAAUGCCUGAUGAAGUAAAACAGUAUGUUGCCGAACGAAAAAUCGUGCAGGAAGAGUUCACCAGAUUAGAUGAAGUUUUACCCGAAACGGAUGUACUUUAUGUUACACGAGUUCAAAAGGAACGUUUCGAGAAUGCAGAGGAGUUUGAAAAGGUUUGUGGCAGUUACAUUAUUACUCCGGAAACUUUGACAAUGGCUAAAGAGAAAAUGGUUGUGAUGCAUCCAUUGCCAAGAAUUAAUGAGAUCAGCACGGAUGUCGACAAUGAUCCAAGAGCCGCGUAUUUCCGCCAAGCUGAAUAUGGUAUGUACAUACGAAUGGCACUGCUUGCGUUGGUUGUCGGUAAGUAAGGCGCUCAUAUCAAAACUGAUCUAUGGUAUGUACUGGAUGGGUCAAUUUGGUCGCGUGUUGCCGUGAUGAUAGUUUUGGUGACGAUAAAAUAAAUAACUAGACGUACAUAUUGACCGUUGUCAUUGGCAACGUCAUAGAUACAUAUUUUGGAUAUCAAUGAAUAUAAUAUGAAGUUUAUGCAUUAUUUGUGUGGAACUGUAGCUUUUCUUUCUAUGAAACAUUUAAUUUGGAAAAAAUACGAAUUUUCUACUCAAAGGCAAAUAGACUAAAAAGUAUUGUUGAA